GCCGCGAGCGCGAGAUCAUCAAAUUGAAAGAAAGUCGGACUGCGACUCGAAAGAAAACUGAAGGAAAUAUUCAAAUUGUCGUGUGUGUGGGUGCAAGCAGAAAAUAUAUCUUAAGAAUAUCAAAAUACAAGCUCCUGAAUUUACGAGCAACAAAACUAAGUUACCAAUGUGUGAGCCGCAAAAAGCGAGUGUAAACCGUGCGAAUAUGCCAGCUAACUAAAGACAUUUGGAUUACAAAAAACCCCACGCAUUUUGGAUUAUAACAUUGCGACAGGCAGCAAAAACCUAAGAAUUUCUUCAACGGCGCCAGCAUGGAGAACCCAACACAGAAUGUAAACGAAACCAAGGUGGAUUUGGGCCAGGAGAAGGAGGCGGCGCAGGAGGAGGAGGUGGAGCAUUCCACCGCCGCCAAGGAGACCAUCAUUGACAUUCCCGCCUCGUGCCCCAGUUCCUCCAACUCCUCGUCCUACGACACCGAUUGCAGCACGGCGAGCAGCACCUGCUGCACCCGCCAGGGCGAGCACAUCUACAUGCAGCGGGAGGCCAUUCCGGCCACGCCCCUUCCGGAGGCGGAGGAUCUGAGCCUGCUGAAGUACGUCCACCGCCAGCACUGGCCGUGGUUCAUCCUAGUGAUCUCCAUCAUUGAGAUUGCCAUCUUCGCCUACGACCGCUACACAAUGCCCGCCCAGAACUUCGGGCUCCCCGUUCCGAUUCCGUCGGAUUCGGUGCUGGUCUAUCGUCCGGACAGGCGGCUGCAGGUGUGGCGCUUCUUCAGCUACAUGUUCCUGCACGCCAACUGGUUCCACCUGGGCUUCAACAUCGUCAUCCAGCUGUUCUUCGGCAUUCCCCUGGAGGUGAUGCACGGCACGACCAGGAUCGGUGUGAUCUACAUGGCGGGCGUUUUCGCCGGAUCCCUGGGCACCAGUGUCGUCGACUCGGAGGUCUUCCUGGUGGGCGCCAGCGGUGGCGUCUAUGCCCUCUUGGCCGCUCAUCUGGCCAACAUCACACUGAACUAUGCGCACAUGAAGAGCGCAUCCACGCAGCUCGGAUCAGUUGUCAUCUUUGUCUCCUGCGACCUGGGCUAUGCUCUCUACACCCAAUACUUCGAUGGCAGCGCCUUCGCCAAGGGUCCCCAGGUGUCGUACAUUGCCCACCUGACGGGAGCCCUGGCCGGACUCACGAUCGGGUUCCUGGUGCUGAAGAACUUCGGUCACCGCGAGUACGAGCAGCUCAUCUGGUGGCUGGCCUUGGGUGUCUACUGUGCCUUCACCGUCUUCGCCAUCGUGUUCAACCUGAUCAACACGGUGACCGCCCAGCUGAUGGAGGAGCAGGGCGAGGAGAUCACCCAGCAUCUGCUGCACGACCUGGGAGUGUCCUAAGUAUGAGGAUUAGAAUCGUCGUCGUCGUCGUCGUCGUCAGCAUCCUCGCAGGGAUUUAGACUCUGCUACAGCUUCAGCUUCAGGAGAGAUCGAGAGACAGAGAGUUGGUGGAAAAGAAAAGUUCACUAAACGAUUUAGUUCAAAACUAAUUCGAUAUUCGUUUGGCUUUUGCUUUUCGUUAGCAUUAUCGUUAUCGUUACCGUUUGCAGUUAAACGUUUCAGUUCCGAAACAUAGUACACAAACUCAAAACAGAAAUAAGAGAAAUACACUGGACAAAUAUGAGGAGAACAUAAACCGAAGCCGAAACGUGUAAACAAAUGUUGUGAUAGAACCAAAGACUGAAUUUAUUUCGCGUGUAAAAACCAAGUAAAAAUCAAGAGGAAAAUCGAGAAACCGAACUAAUCGCCUCUCACUAUGAUUUAAAUGAGCCCAUUAUCCAUGUUUUCAUUUAAUGGUUUGCCUGUUUUUCUUAAAUUAUGUAUUUAUUGGCCGCAAUUAAUCCGCAUGAAUCGAAGCGUCAGCAAACUUUAUCAAACUGUUUAUACAUCCAUAAGCAUAAUCUGCUCCGAACUGUAGGACUUAGCGUUAUAUUUAUAUAUCUAGGUAUAACUAGCCUCCUAACAAAUUGUUUCAGAUUGUAAAUACUAUUAAGUCGCACACUAGUCAAACAACCAGAAGAAAAACGAUGGAAAACCACAGCAAAGAACCAUUCAAUUCAGAUCAAUUAAGCAAAUCGAAUGAAAUUAAAUUAAAUUAAAGUCACUUAAUGCGUUACAAAAUCGAGCAAAUAUUUAUCGUAAUCCCCUACACACACAGACACUCAAAAGUAUUACUAAUUAUAUUUAUUUAUGGUAGGGCAGCGAGGGUUUAUUAAUUCGACAAUUGAGCGAACUAUUUAUUUAUUUAUUUAUUUAAUAAUUUAGUGAAAUUCAAACAAACAAGCACGAAAAAACAACAACACAAGAGAGAAAAAACAAACCAAUUCAACUGUAAAAAUAUCCAAUUGAAAAAUACACACGCAAAGCCAAAGAUAAAUGAAAAUGAAAAUAAAAAUCAAAACAUUUCAAGAAUACAACAGAAAUACAAAAAGAAGCAAAAGCGUUUUCAUUUCCCUCACUUUUCUUUCAGUUUUUGGCUGUCGGCUCGAUUUUGCCCACAAUUUAAGGGCAAUAAAUAAUCGAGCAAGCAGAUUAUCAAGAUACUUGACAUAUUGACCGAUACACACGCACACAAAUCGCCAGAAAAUACUCGUAUAUAGAUAGAUUGAGAUAGCAAUGUAUAUCGUACGCAAAUAGAGAAAUAUUCAAAAAGUAAUCGCAGAAUGAAUCGCAGCUAAUCUGGCAUAAAAGCCAGCAAAGCGUAAGCCAAAAUAGAAUCCUUGUGGGCCCCAAAACCCCAAGUUAGCAUACUCGAUUUUCAAGAUAAUGGAUCCACACACCCCCACUCCCACUCCACCCGAAAUAAAAUAAGAAAAAAGAAGAAAAACUAGGAAACGGAAAUGUUCAGCACGAGACAAGAGAAAAGCAAAUAGCAAAAAAUUAUAUAUAAAUAAAUAGGGAGAGAAAAAU